UUUACAGUAGCCUCCUGGCACACACUGUAAUCCUGCUUAAUUUUCCGCGCUCGCCAUCAGGUGUGUGUUUGCACACCGAUGAUCAGCGGUUAUUCUGUCGCGCAGAAGGUCUGUUUUUAUUUCCACUCCCUCCUCGCUCUUCUGAGUCCAUCCACGCUCACAUCAUUGGCAAGGACGCAAGCUGGAGGAUUGCCACUCUUCUCUACAGUUGCCAGGGUUGUGCUUUCUUUUUUUUUUUUUUAAUCGUCUCUUAUCUCAUCUAGGGAGCACAUCCAGGGCAGGUAAGAAGCUCCUGAUGAAGCUUCCAGGGGCUUUUUUAGACAGCUUGUAAAACACGUUUCAGUUCCUGGCCAAACAGGUCGUGGGAAAACCGCCAGCGAGGAAAUAUCAUUAUAUCUGGUGAACUCCUACAGACAAAAUAUCUGCUCAGAGGAGAUUCUCUGGUCUCAGUGAACCCUCGAUUCGGAUUUCACCGAAAUCACUGAUGACACCUUUAAAGGCUGCAGGUCUGUUUAUUCUGGAUUGAAGGAUAUCUUUAAUCUGCACUCGUUAAAGGGACAGUGAGUGAUUUGGUAAUAGCUGAAUUGCUAAUCAAUGAGUACAGCUGUAAAGAGCUUUGGUCUGUUUAUAAUGGAUUGAAAGAUCUCUCUGAUCACCCCCUCCCCGCCCCCCUUAAAGAUAUAGUCAUUGAUUUUAGACAUAGUACCAGUAGAGUCUCUAAUCACUGACUACAAAUGUAAAGGACGGACCAAUCUGACCCAUUAAAGGUGUAGUCAGUAAUUCUUUUGACACCUGAAUCUCUAAUCAUUGACUAUACUUUUAAACGUCCAGGUCUCUGAUUGCACCCAUUCAAUGUCACAGUGACAGCUGAGUCUUGGAUCACGGUCUGCACCUUUAAGGGACUUCUUUGUGACCUGAGAGACCAUGAGAGCAUAGAUGGAUAUACAAAUCUAUAAAAAAUAAAUAAAUAAAUAAAAUUGGUCAAAUUUGCCAAAGAUCUACGUUUAUCCGUCUUUAAUCCUGAUCUGGCGAACCAGUCCUGGCGGAGAUGUACAGGACAAAAUAGACGAGCGGUGAAUGGUGAAUGAAGGUGCCAUUAGGCCCAGCAAGACCACCAGUCUUGGCUGGAUCUGUCGCAAAUACACAUUAAAAAUAGCAUUGAAUUAGCACACAAAUACACACAUCUGCAUGCCCUAAUUAUUCCCUAUUAGAGCACAUAAGUAUGCCCUCCAGCAGGCUGGAGAGAUUACUGAGCCAGACAAGUCCCUGAACAACAGAAUGUCUCCCUUUUGGCAAGGAGAAGACCAUCUACUGCGUCCCCUCCAGAGCUACACAUUCCGCACUGCUCACUCAUUCUUCAUCAGCCACAUUACGUUAGACAUCAGAUGAAUUACUUACGCUGAUGCAGACUGGCAUCUCUUGGUUGUAGGGUGGGCUGUCUUUUCUGACGAAGAAAAAAAAAAAAAACGCCUGGAUUGAAAGGAAGUUGAGCUCCCUGUCAUGAAGGAAAGGAAAAAUACAGUGUUGUGUUUUUUUGUUAAAAAGAUUAAAGGUGCAGUAAAUAAUUUUAUUAGCUGCAGUUAGCUGUUUUGAAAAUCUCAACUCUCUACACGGAAAGGCAAUAUGAGUGACUGGUAAGAAGAGACCUUGCCAUUUCCGUGAUUGGUAAGAUGUUUGUUUUCGACAUCAUUUUGUCUGUUGUUCAGUCCAUACAGGAUUUCGCAGAGUUUGGAUGAUUGUUGUCGUAGAAAACUACUUGAAUUGGCGAAAUUGCGAUUGUACGCAGUAGUUUUGCAGUGAUGUUUGUUGGUAAAUGAGACCAUUUAGCUGUACUCAUGUUCAACGCACGUGAAACACAUGUUGUGAUGACGUCACAUGACGCUUCUUGGCCCAAAUCUGCGAAAAAUCUGCGGUCAUAUUGAAAAAUUGCGCGUUCCUCCGAAUAUACUCCUGGAGGGACUGAUUGUUUUCACGUGUCCACAGAGAUCAGUUUUUCUCCUACGCCGGUCUUUUAUUAAAGCUGCAACGUGAAGAAAACUUCCAAAUGUUUUGACUUAAAGUGCCUCCAAAAUGAAAAUGGGUGUUUCAGAAAUUUUUGGAUCUGUUGCUUCGUGUUAUGGAUACCAAUAUGAUAGUACAGUAUAUCUUGUAAAAAGUACAGACUGUUUUGAAGAUAUUCUCAUUUCUCAAACGCUAUUGGCUGUCACUCCUGUGACUUCCUUUUUCUGAAGGAAGUACGUCAGCGUACGGAAUCAAAUCGCCGCUCUCAAGCCUUUUCAUGCGGACUUGAAGACCACGUUUAACAGUAGCGCCUUUUUUGGCUGCAUUCUCCUUUUUCUCACACUUUCCUUUUCAGCCACUGGCAUUUUCCUCUUGCCUGUAAAUCAUGUCGCGCACACAUGUCGGUGGAUGUUUUGGGGGCAUGUCAGGAAAGCCGAAGGGACAAGCUGUUUUUUGUUUGAAUUUUGGACUUCAGAACGGUAAUCUAUGCCAAAAUCGUUGACGGUAACUAUUAAAAAAUUGUUGACACCAGCUUUAAUUCGUCAAGACAUUCUUGACUGUGGUUUGGCUGUGGCGUUUAAUUAUUGAGUGCCGAUAGCGAUGACUUGGGGGUGUUUGGAGAACGCGAUGGAAGGGGUAGGAUGUGUUGCACAGCAUCCUCUCUCCUCUUCCCAUUUCUUAGCUCGUGCUUUUGGCCUGGAAUCGAUCAGCGGCACUGGGAGAUGAUGUCAGUCGUUGUGGGACAGCAUGCUUCUGGAUGACACUCCUGACUGAACACGCCAUUAUUCUCAGCUGUCAGCUCGUCAAGCAGUACAUGCUCUCGGUUCAUGUUCAGCUGCUUAUGAAACGGUCCUUCGAGGAAGCCUGUCUUGUGUUGCGUAACAGCAUUAGGUCAACAUGCUUAUUUGUCUACUGUAUUACUGGUAUACAAAUUACUUUUGGGGUGGACUCGAGUCAGGCUGAGGCAUGUGUCCUCCAGGUGGCUGUUGUGCAGAUUUGUGUAGGUGUUUCAUUAGCCUGUUGAAUUCCCCUGAACAUGUGGCUUUGUCGAGCAUGAAUGAAGGCAGAACGAAAGGCGAGAGAGGCUCAGGUUCUCGCUGGAGAAGCAAAUCUAUGGCCUCACUCUCAGCACUCAGGUCCAAGGCAAACAAAUCUAGAGAGAAAAAAGACGGUGGACGAAAACAUGUGGGCUGAAGAGCAAGAGGUUUUGAGUCUAAUCACCAGAGACUCGGGUCAUGUGACCUCGUCUCCUCUGAGCUCUCCCACGUCCCACCGGCCCAUGCAUCCUCCCCUGCUGAGUCCGACCUCCAUCGGAGCCUCAGGAUCCCUUCACUCACCCAUCAGCACACUCAGCUCGCCGAUGAACGGCCUCGGCUCUCCCUUUUCCGUCAUCAGCUCGCCCAUGGGCCCGCACUCCAUGGCAUCUCCCGGCAUGGCCUACGGUCCCAGUGUAAGCCCACAGAUGUUACAGUUGAACUCGCCGAUGAACUCCGUGAGCAGCUCAGAGGACAUCAAGCCUCCGGUGGGCAUAAAUGGCAUGAUGAAGGUGCCAGCGCAGUCUUCGGGGACCCCUCUGUCUCUCACCAAGCACAUCUGUGCUAUCUGUGGAGAUCGCUCCUCUGGUAAACACUACGGCGUCUACAGCUGCGAGGGCUGCAAGGGGUUCUUUAAGAGAACCGUACGGAAGGACCUGACCUACACCUGCAGAGACAACAAGGACUGUGUGAUCGACAAGCGCCAGCGAAACCGCUGCCAGUACUGCCGCUAUCAGAAAUGCCUAGCCAUGGGCAUGAAGAGAGAAGUUUUUUUGCAUACAGCCGUUCAGGAGGAGCGCCAGCGAGCCAAGGAUCGAAAUGAGAAUGAGGUGGAGUCAAGCAGCAGCGCUAACGAGGACAUGCCCGUGGAGAAGAUCCUAGAAGCCGAACUCGCCGUUGAGCCCAAGACCGAGACGUACAUCGAGACCAACCUGGGUGUGCCAUCCAAUUCGCCCAAUGAUCCAGUCACUAAUAUCUGCCAGGCGGCAGACAAACAGCUCUUCACCCUGGUGGAAUGGGCCAAGAGGAUCCCGCAUUUCUCUGAACUGCCUCUGGAUGAUCAGGUCAUCCUGCUGCGAGCAGGCUGGAACGAGUUGCUCAUUGCGUCGUUCUCGCACCGCUCCAUAGCCGUAAAGGACGGCAUUCUGCUGGCCACUGGGCUUCACGUGCACAGGAACAGCGCCCAUAGCGCCGGAGUAGGAGCCAUAUUUGACAGAGUGCUCACAGAGUUGGUGUCAAAGAUGAGGGACAUGCAGAUGGAUAAAACAGAGCUGGGCUGCCUACGAGCCAUAGUGCUGUUUAACCCAGACUCCAAAGGCCUGUCGAACCCCAGCGAGGUGGAAGCUCUGAGGGAGAAGGUUUACGCCUCUCUGGAGGCGUACUGCAAGCAGAAGUACCCUGAUCAACCCGGGAGGUUUGCAAAGCUGUUGCUGCGGCUGCCGGCGCUGCGUUCCAUCGGCCUCAAGUGUCUAGAACACUUGUUCUUUUUCAAGCUCAUCGGGGACACGCCCAUCGACACCUUCCUCAUGGAGAUGCUGGAGGCGCCCCAUCAAAUGACGUAAAGAUAUCACACCCUCCUGUUGCCCUGGGAGACUGGGGGAAGCUAGCCCCUCCUCCUUAACAAGACUGAUCAUGUGACGUUAUACGCUGAAGAGGGGCUCAGCAAGCCAUUCCCUCCAAUCAGUGUCUCGUAACGCGCCCAUAGGGUCUCUUUUUUUUUUUUUUAUACCUUGUAUAAAGAUAUAAAUAAAAUAUUAAUAAUUUGAGUGGGACUCAAAGGCAACAAAUGACUGAACCAUAAAUUCACGUGUGGUUAGAUGUAAAAAGGAGAGGGGAAAAAAAGAAAGGAAAACACAACAUGAGACUCUUGAGACAGAAGGUUUGCUGGAAGUGUCAGGGGACCGAGUAGCAGGCCUGGUCUUGAAAAUGACGGGAUUGAAACUGUGGAGAAGAUCUGGCUCUUGACUAAAGGAAAAGAAAAAUGAAGGCUGAGCUCCGCACAAGGGCUUCAACAGCCUCAACAACAUCUGGCUCCAGGCGUCUGGGGAUACACGCACUCAAGAGAUGGAUUGGACGUUGAAGUAAUCAUGAUGACGAUGAUAACGAUGACGAGCUUUCAGAUCAGGAGAACCGAGCACUCUGCCACGACUGUUGGUUUGAAAAAUGGGAAGACUCUUUGGAUUAUUGAAUGCUUGGGGGUGUUACUGACUCUCUGUUUUUCAGCACAUUGGUAUGCGUGAAACCGUCCCACUGUUUCAACCGUAUAUCGUGAGGGAACGGGAAGCGAAAACGUGUUCGUUGCAGUGACUCCGCUCACAAAAUCAGCUCUCGUAGACUUGUCACUGUGUCCCGGUUCCCGUCCGGAUGUACACAGAUAUUUUUGAACACGACGUUUCUUCUCUGCCUUUUGGCCUCUCCUGUCCACACAAUAAAUACGUUUUGGGUCAAGGUGAAGUAAUUUCAAUACUGAAAACUUUGAAAUAGAAACGUGAAAACGCUUAUGUCAGAGUGCACACGAGCUUGUGCAUUGAGCAUGUGUUGCUGACCAGGUUGUUACUUUGUGGUCUGUAAUUUGUAAUUUGAUGACGCAAUUUAAUUUCACGUUAUUCGGAUUUCACCUUCUCUACGGCUAAACACUCAUGCUCUCAACGUUAUUCCUGAGACGUUUGACAUAACAGUUUAUGACAUACUAUCGCCACCUACUGGGCUUGUGUGAUCAUGUGAGCGUUUUCAAAGCAUCUUUGCAUUUCGAUCGUUUCAAAAACACUCACUGUUCGUGUGGACGGAGAUAUUUUUUCGAAAACGCUAUUCGUGUGAGCGGACAUAUUUUCUAAAAAUUGUUUGUGUGGACGGAUCUUUUUUCAAACUGAGAGUUAAAACUACGUUGUCAAAACCAUGCGUACAUGUGUGGACGGGACCUCAGAGAAGUCCAGCUCGUCACUAAAGUAGGUGUUUUGCGGUACACCAGUUCAUGUCCCUCAUAGUCAAACCCAGGUUUGGGAUGAUGCAUCACUUGUACACAACAUUACUGCCACACUCAGUAUUCAUUUCUGUUUCACGACGUGCAAUUACCUCUUUCACUCCUCAGUCGUCGGUCCCUGAAACCCCCCAGUCCUUGACGAACUCAGUUGGCAGUUCACCUUAUGAGGACGUUCUUGUUUGUUAGCACUUAACCUCAUAUUCUGAGCCUUAGGUGGUUAGUUGGCUCUUGAGGGGGACAGGGGCCAAUGACCAUCCACAACCUGCACUUCUCUGGGCAAACCAAGUGUUGUUUAAGAUGUUUUCUUUUGUCUCUUUUUGAGUGUGAAUUUUUCUGAGCUAUGUAAUGUUCCUAUAUUCUCCAUCUUUGUUUCUUUUUUUUCCUUUCCCAACGCUGCUGCUGCUUAACUAUGCAUCUUAGCAUUCUUUCCAAAGACUGCCCAUGGUGAGGUCGCUACUUUUUUUUUUUUUCCUUACAAAGUCUAUACAGCACACCAAACCAACCCUGAGCCUCAGUCUGAGUUGUAUUUUGACGCUAAGAGUAGCAGGACCAGGAUUUGGUGCCCCGGUGCUAAUGUGUAUGCAUACAGAGUUCUGAGGCGAGCAGUUUAUUUGCAGUGAGGAAAUGAGAGAGCUGUGACUUCCCCCUUGUGGAUGAGAUGCAACACUGCAGAAUUACUUGAAGGAUUUAGUGGGGGGGAUGUGGGGGGGAUGGCACUUUUUCAAUGUAUUCUAUCUUUCCUUCAGCUGGACAUAGGGCCGGAGAUGGUCAGGACAUGAUUUCUUGAUCAGUUAAUAUGAUUAACUGAGAUUUAUUAGAAAAUUUUUGGAAUAUGAUUGAAGCUGCGGAACUGUUAUUCUUGUUAUAUUUUAAUAACCAGCAAUGAGAAGAGUCUUGAACACAUGAAACAUGGAAUGGUGGAUUGGAUUUCUGGUGGAAAAGUGUUAAGUUGCAGAAACGUAUCCACUGAUCCCAAACGUAGUUAAUUAAGCAAGACAUUAUUAAUGGUAUAUAUUUACUCUUGAAGUGUUUUGCACUGGACCUACAAUGCUGAUCUAGCUAAUAGAAGUUAUAGAACCCAAAAUCUUUUCCUCAAAUGAUAUUCAGACAUUUACUGAAGUGGUUAUUACACAGUUUGACUUAUUGAAGGGGUCUUUUUGUUUGUUUGUUUUUUUAUUAUUUUUUUUAAAGAGCAAUUCUUUAUUGUGUAGCUGAACAGUGCGACAUUGGAGGCAGCCAUUUUGGAAAACUAGACAUUGUUUUUGAAUGUUGGGAUCUGAUCCAUUUUUUUAGCUGCAGCUAAGAAAGAAAAAAAACACAUGAAAAUCACGCUUUUUCAGACAAUAAAAAAAAAUCAGAACCAUCGGUCAGGGCCAAUGCAAAGAAAAUUCGCAUGGCAGAAAACACAAUUCGCUGAAGGGGAAAGGACACGGGAACUCUGACCUGUGAAUUCAUUUUUAGAAAAUGGAGGCGCUGCUAAUUAGUAAUUAAGUAGCACCGAUAAUUUGUAUUUGCUAGUGUUUUUGUUUUUAAAAAGAUUUUUUUCUCUCUGCCUGCUAAGAUUUUUUUGGGUUAGCAAUAUUGGUCCAUUUUUCACCUCACCCUCCCCCAACACCAGAACUUGAUCGAUAAGCAUCUCGUGUGGAGACUUUUUGACAAUCUGAAAGAAAAUACAGAUGGAAAGGGAAAAAGUCACCAAAGCCCUACAUUAUUUACCCCCUGAAUAUAAUGUUUUACAUGAGAAUCCAUCAGGUUACAGAAGAUACAUGUGUAAACGACAGUCUUUAGCCAUUUAAAGUAGGUAUAUGAAGAUUUUGGCACGUGCUUAUGGAAAAGAUUUUGGGUGAGAUAGCGUUCUAUUACUCGUAAGCAACAUUCGCUUUGUAGCUUCAGUGUAAAUCUAAAGAAACAAACUUCAGACACCAAAUGUGUCUUGGCUAAUCAGUUAUAUUUGAUGUAAGAAUUGUGUAAAAAAAAAAAAAAAAUUAAAUUAUAAUAAUAAUUCCCCCUUCAAUCAGAGGAAGCAACCUAAACCGAAUUACUCCUCGAUGCAGGCUAAGAGUGUCCAUAAUUCAGACAUACGAAUAAAACCGAGAAGCACCUUCAAGCUUACGUUUGGAAAAUUCACUUUUUGAACACAAUCAGGUCUUAAACGAAGGGUUGCCGCACCACAGGGAUUCUGAAGCCAUUUACAGAUUUGUGAAAUCAGUAACAACAAAGACACGCUCUCCUGCAGCAAACACCUCAAAGCAAAGUCCUCUGAACUAAAAGAUCGACAUCGUAAACGCUUUAUAUAGACCAUAAAGCUAUAUUUUGUCUAUAUGUACAUGUGUAUAUAUUUAGAAAUAUAAAUAUAUAGAGAUUAUAAAAUCAUUUCCUUAAAUGUUCCCAAUGUUUCAAUGUUAGAAAAGACGGAGAGACGAGUGCUUCAGUAACACCUACUAAAUAACAGGCCUACUUGCACUGUGUAAUAUUCGGAAAGGUUCUCGGAGUGUUUUAUAUAUAGAUAUAUUAAAAACAAUCGCUGUGCUAGCAGCUCUGAGUACUAACACAUGAUCACGCACCAGCUUCACUGUUUUACAAUCACAAUCAUCCUUAUGAGACCUCAAGAACUGCGACGACAAGCCAAAAAUAUCAACCGUGAGGUGAAGGUGAAGCCGUUUGCCCCGUCAGCUGUGUGUAUAUACAACGUGGCAAUCCUCGAAACGGGUUUUUCAGGUGCAUUUUUUAAAAACCUGGGUCUUUUCAGCUAUCAAUUAGUGAUAAUCAGGAAAGUCUUUGAUUACGAUUGUGAUUAUGAUCCGAAUCGACUCCAUGAGUUCAGACUUAAGGGGACAUAAAGGAGUGAGAGAGAGAGAGAGAGAAAACUUUAUGGAAUUGCCUAAUGAGGAUGAUCUUUGACCGUAACACAAUCACUUGUUUAGUUGCUACACAGAGAGACACCUAAAAAGAUCUAUUUUUGUACAAAUGUAAUUUUAUCUCUUGCUUACGUCUUCAUACCUUCCUUCACACCGACUUUCGUGGGCUGUUGUAUACAUUGUGUAAAUGUUGAUUUGAUAUGGGAAAGAGUGGAGAAACUCAGACCUCUAUAAAAGUCGGGGACGGGAAAGAAGAGGUCACCGGUGACACCCUUUUGCAGCUUUCGCCUGUACUUUACCUUUUUUUGUUUUGUUUUGUUUGUUUUUUUCCUUUUUCGUCUGUCACUGAGUGACAGGACCCUCUGCCUAAUUUUUUGUCUGUUUUCAAGGAGAUGUUAUUUGUGCUUUGUUCGUUGAUGUUCUUCAUGAGAAUAGGAAAAAAAAAUAAAGUUUAAAAAGAUUAAAAGUU